AUGAAACGCCGUCGGCGUUUACCCUGCAUAUUGUCGUUGACAAUGCUGAUGAUGCUGUAUUCCUCAUGUGGUGCAACUGAAUGCCGUAAUGGAAGUGUGGAGAGAAUAGUGGCCAUGGAAAGAAAAGAAGACUUCAUCACGUCCCCAGGGUACCCUCUGCCGUAUCAAGUCGGAGUACAAUGUUUAUACGAAUUGGAAGCCCCUUUGGAAGCAGCGCUCGUCAUUAAGAUCGAAUUGCUGGAACUUGACCUCUCCGAGAAAUACUCACAUUCAAAGCAAUGUCUUUGGGAUUACAUAAUAUUCGUGGUAUUCGACAGAGAAGGGAAACAACAUGUUAGCAAACGAUAUUGUGGACGGCCACAGACUCUUCCCACUCUGGAUACGAUGCAAUCCAAGAUGCACAUCAUAUUUGUAUCUAGUGAUCAAUCUCAGCAAGAACACGAGCAUCGAGGAUUCAAGAUAAGAUACACUUUCCUGCCAGAAAGCAAGUAUUAUUUUUAUGAUUACGUAACGCUGUGAACGAAAUUCAAAAAAUUAAAAUGAAGAAAUAGCAUAGCCUUUUUCUGGAUUUAUGUCACACAAUUAUAUCUUUUAGGCGAAAUAGGUGCCCCGCUCAGCGUUUACAACGAUCCAGAUGGCCGAUUCCGACGGGAGUGCGGAGGAUCCACACUUCCAAACGAAAUUACUGGUGAAAUCACAAAUCCCGGAUUUCCGCUGACUUAUCCCAGGAAUAUUACGUGUUUCUGGCUGAUCAGGGUUCCCGCAGGGCAUCGAGUUUAUGUCCGACUCACUCAUCUGCAGUUGUCAACCACUGUUGGUAAGCCCAGACAACAAUAAAUAAAAUUGUUGGUUGGAUGCUUCAUCAAACUGCAUAUUGACUAUGUUUCAGCUGAAUGUGACAGAGCCUCGUUAUCGAUAAUAGAGGGAUACCGCCAUGACCUGGCUCAAAGGAAAAGACCCAAGAUGAGCACGGCUGGGACCGAUGAGGUCCAGUUCUGCGGAAGUCAUCUAUAUUACAAUGAAGAGGGGAUGAAAUCUUAUCUCUCGAAUAGCAAUCGAGUGGUCAUACGGUAAGUGGGGUAAUCAUACGACUCAAAAGUGCUUAGAUUCAACAGUAUGGAUUACCCGUCAACGGAACAGCAACAGAAAUACCAUGAACAGGGGACUCCCAUUGGCUUCAAGAUCUUGUGGACUGAAGUCCAUUCUCUUGUUCCAACUGAAGACGUUUACGAUGAAGAUGAAGACCCAGAAUGUAAGGGAUUUACAUGCAAAGGAGGCUCAUUUUGCCUUGAUGACGGACAAAACAUAUGUGCGGAGAGGACAAGGCUAUGUAUAAAUGAAACUUUGAGAUGCAAUGGAGUCUCAAAUUGUGCCGAAAAUGACGACAGUGAUGAGGAGUUGUGUAAGCGUCCUUUCUCCAAGGAUUAUAAACAACCUUUCAGGUUACACCGAACGUGCUUUCAUCUAUGGAGGGGCUUUGACCGUAUUCAGUUUGCUAUCCCUAGCAACUUGUGUUAUACUCAAAUGCUGUUUGAGUAAUAACAAGGCUAUCCCUUCAGAUCAAGUUAUAGAUACUCGAAGGCCAAGAAUACCCCCAUCGAGAGAUUCAUUGAAGAUAAUUGAUAAGAAAAGAGAGUCUCAGAGGAAUAAGGAUGAUUGUCCUGCACCCAGGAAUGGCUCAGAAAUGGUCGUCUGGCAGAUCGCCUCUCCUCGAAUGGAUCGAUAUAGUAUUGACCCGGCAUUCAGAACUGACAUGCCGAUUGAAAGGGCGCUGGUUUGA